AUCAAUAUAUGUCUUCUUCCAGUUUUCUUUCAUCUUUCAGAACAUUUUGUCUGUACUAAUUAUAACCCCAUAAACAAUAAACUUUUCUUUUUAGUCUUGUAAAAUGAGUGAAAUUGAUGAAGUGCGUAAGUACUUCCUGUGUCCUAUAUCCCUUCAGAUCAUGAACGAUCCGGUCACCGCCGUGACCGGCAUUACCUACGACAGGGAAAGCAUAGAGAAGUGGCUUUCGACGGCGGCGGCGGGCGACGCAACGACGAUCACUUGUCCGGUGACGAUGCAGCCUUUGCCGAGAGACUCCGACUUGACGCCGAACCACACCCUCCGGCGGCUAAUCCAAGCGUGGUGCAUCGCCAAAGGAAUCGACCGAAUUCCGACCCCGAAGCCGCCUCUCGACAAGAGACACGUUCUCAAGCUCUUGAGGGACCUUAGGGUUUCCGAUAACUGCCGUAAUAUUGAUGGUGGUUUGCAGCAGAUCACGACGUUGAAGAAAAUUGAAGGGCUCGCGGCGGAGAGCGAGAGGAACAGAAGGUGCAUGGCCGAAGGAGGAGUCAUGCAAGCCAUGAUUUGUUUCGUCGUACGAUGUUUCAAGGAAGGAAAGAUAGUUGGCGCUGAAGAAGCUCUGAGAAUUCUUCAUCUUGUUUGGGUUGACCCUAGUACUAAUAAUGAAGAAGUUAAGACUCUUGUAAGCGAAAACAAUGAAUUUUUCGAAUCCUUGGCGUGCAUUUUAGGGUUUCCGAGGAUGGACAAUGAUGUUGAUCUGAAAUCGGAAGCGAUGAAAGUACUAAAACUCGUGAUUGAAGCGUCGAAUUCGAGUCGGUUGGAACGGUUAAGGCUCGAACUAUUCAUGAACAUAACGAAAAUUUUAAGAGAGAGUUCAUCACUUUCACAACAAGCCAUUAAAUCCGCUCUGCAGAUUCUAAUCGAAGCCUGCCCUUGGGGAAGAAACCGAAUAAAGAUCAUCGAAUCAGGGGCGGUUUUCGAUCUCAUCGAGCUCGAGCUGACAUCGAAACCCGAUAGGCACACCACCGAGAUGAUCUUCACCCUUUUGGCUCAUCUAUGUACGUGUGCCGACGGGAGGGCCCAGUUCCUCCAACACGCCGGCGGCAUAGCCAUGGUGUCGAAGAGGAUUCUUAGGGUUUCCGUCGCGACCGACGACAGGGCGAUCCACGUGCUGUCUCUGAUCGCGAAAUUCUCCGCGAAAAGCGAAGUUCUUGUGGAGAUGCUGAAAUUGGGAGCAGUCACGAAGCUUUGCAUGGUAAUGCAAGCAGACUGCGCAAUGUUUUUGAAGGACAAGGCUAAAGAGAUACUUAGGCUGCACUCUAAAGUAUGGAAUAAUUCCCCUUGUAUUGCUGUGUAUUUGCUAUCCAGACAGCUUCGGUAA